UGUACAUUCAUACUUAUUUUUAAGCACAACUGGGAGAAUUACAAACUCUCAAAGCUGCUACUACAAAUAAUAGUUGCCAAGCAAGCCGUGCAGAGUCGGAAAACCAAAAAAUGGAAACAGAAAAGAAGAAAUCUCUAUUGGAGAAAUAUGACAUCCCAAUUCACCAUCUGGAUUUCGCCUAUGUGGAAAAAUGUACAAAUGCACGGGAAAUGGAGAAAAUCGUGCACAUCCUGCGCUCCGGCCAGGAAGGAUAUUAUCCGGACCUGCUCCGAUGUUCGGAGGAGAAGCUGAAAGCACUUAAGCCGGACAGCAAGUUAUUUCGCUACGAGGAGCCUAUUAAGCAGAGCAAUGUGCUGGACAAAAAGGAACUGGAACCAAUUUUGGAAUGGACAGAUGACAUAAAAACAAAGGAUAGUGCUCUUAACGAACUUAAGAAAGAAAAACUGGUUUUGGAGCUACCAAAUGUACGCAAAUUGUCAAAAAUUGAGUUGGACAAGCAGAGCAAUGAGCCAUCGAAGCCAGUUGCUAAGGUUUCAAUGCAGAGCAAGACCAAAAAUAAGGAUGAUCGGAUCAAAUCAACGGACUACCGCAAAUGGGAUAAGUACGAUCCCGACGAGGAGAUACUCCGCAUGGAUCUGGAUGAAGAACGUGGCAAGGAGCAGGCGGAGCAGAGGAUUACCAGCCACCAGAAAUCGGCGAACGAGAAAGAGUUGCAGAACGAAAAGGCUUCUCUGUUUGAGCGCCUCCAAACUGAGCUAAAAAACCUAAGCCAACUGGAGCGAGAACAAUUUGCAGAAAGACAUCGACUGAGAGGAAAUGAAUACUUUAAGGCCAAAGAGUAUGACGGUGCCAUUGAAGAAUACAAUUGUGCUAUACUAUACGAUCCUGAAAACGCAGCCCGGGCCUACAACAAUCGCGCUGUAUCUCAUUUAAAAUUAAAAAAAUACUUUUCUGCCAUGACGGACUGUCAGGCCUGUCUGCAGUUGGAACCAAAUAAUGUAAAGGCUCACCUCCGCCUGGCAGAAGCUAAUUGUGCCGAAGGAAAAAAGCUUGAGGCCCUAAGUAUUUAUAAGAAAGUCCUGGAGUUGGAGCCGGAUAAUGUCAGUGCCAAAAAUUCCGUGGAAAAGCUAACUUCGCAGCUGGGUGAGGUGGCUCCGGCUAGUGCCACGCGUCUGACAAUUGAAGAGCUCGAUCCGCCGGAACUCAAGACUUCCAAUUCCAAGAAACAGUUGGUGAAAAGUACACAACCUGUGGCCAAGAAACAAAUACCAACCAAGGCAGCAAAUACUACACCCACUAAGGAUUACGAUCUAGCCGAGUUGAUCAAGCCGAACCGCAUGGUUAAAAGCAAAUUGGUCUCAGCCGCCGAGGCAUUAGGCAAUCAGUUGCAAGCUCCCAAGGGUGAUGCUCCCAAAAAGCCACCUUUGCCGCUAUCCCCAAAGGAAAGCAUAUUGCGUUUGCCUCAGGACAAACUCAACAUUAGCAAUAAGCUUCUAAUCCAGGAAAUUUAAAUGCAAUUUUUAUUUUCAUUUGGGGUGUAUAAAAAUAUAAAAUGAAUAAUUGAAAAAGGCA